AUGGGAAUUGACACUGUUCAAUUAAAUAAUUCAGAUCCAAUGCGAGAAAGUCAAAAUGGCAUGCCAGAAAAACGUCAAAUCCGACUUGACAAACGAAAAGAACAGUCUCGAUCCAGUCGAGCGAAUGAAACGGAAGAACAACGUCAAAUUCGUCUUGAAAAGCAAAAAAAGCGAGAUCAAUCGAGUAUGGCGAUUGAGACAGACGAAGAACGACAAAUUCGUCUUAAAAAGCUAAAAGAACGGUCUCAAUCCAGUCGAACAAAUGAAACAGAAGAACAACGUCAAAUUCGUCUUAAAAAGCGAAAAGAACGGUCUGGAUCCAGGCGAACAAAUGAAACAAUAGAACAACGUCAAAUUCGUCUUAAAGAGCUAAAAGAACGGUCUCAAUCUAGUCGAACAAAUGAAACAGUAGAACAACGUCAAAUUCGGCUUGAUAAACAAAGAAAACGAAGUCAAGCGGAUAGAGCGAAAAAGAAACUCGAAAAACGCUCAUCUAACAAAAGUGGUGUUCAGCAGCAAGAUAUUGAGAUGCAAUUUGCUGAAACAGAUGACCAUGCAUCCUUACCACUUAAACUUGACGAUUUAUGCGAUACACUCAAAGUAAUUUUUGUUGGAGCUCGACCUUCCGAACGCAUUCAUCUUAAAAAAGUUCUAACAGUUCGGAAGAAAAAAAUUAUUCAAGCAUUACACUGGCUGAAAAAAUACAAUGUACUUUAUCAAAACGUCACCAUAAAUCUCGAAAAUAUUGCUGAAUUACCAGAAGACGAUGUACCAGAAUGCAUCAUGUCAACAUUAGAACAAAAGUUAGGUGACGAAAAAAUUCAAUCUGAAAGAGUUGGAUAUGUUCCUGAUCCAUUAUCCAACCCAAUAGAACAUACUACUGCUGACACUAUUCCCAUUAGUAACAGCAAUAUUUUAAAAACUAUGAUUGUUGAUGGUGUUCUCAGUCCAAUAAAGGCUUACUUUGGUACUGUUGAAAGUCAAGGACGAGGUUCUCUUCAUCUACAUAUGCUUAUCUGGCUUGAUCAUGAUUUGAAACCAGCUGAUAUGAAAGAGAAAAUUCAAAAUGCUGAUUUUCGUGAAAAGUUAAAAGCGUACUUAGAAGAUAUCAUCAAAGAAGAUUUAGAUGACUUCAAGGAUAAACAAGUCUUCGAGAAUUUAAACGUGCCAAGAUCAUUCGAUACUCCUCCACGAUUAUCACAAGAUAAUAUCUAUGCGGCUUUACGUACUAUUGAUUUAACAGGUCUAGCCGAAAAUAUAAAUAAAUCUCCUGUUUGGUCGACACCAAUCAAGCAACAACUUUCUCCAUCAAUUCCUUAUGCUUCUCCAUUAUUGAAUAAAUCGUUACAGACACCAACACAUGAUCGGCCAACAUCUAUUAUGAAUGUUUUACACAAUCAAUCAAACAUAAAUCCAGCUUGCUUACCUACUCCAAAUCCAUCAUCGCCUAAUUUUGCAACACGCUUUCGUGCAGAUGUAGUACAACUUGUGGAAACAGACAACAAGCACAAGCAUACUGACACAUGUUACAAAUAUUCUAAUCCUAAACAAGGUGACAAGAAGAUUUGUCGAUUGCGUAUGCCACGCAAAUUGGUACCAGUCUCAACAAUUGAUCCUGAUACUGGCCAUAUUUCUGUGCGACGAUCGGAUCCAUGGAUCAAUAAUUUUAAUGAAUACCUUAUUGCGGCUUGUCGGUCCAACAUGGAUAUUAAAUUUAUUUGGAGUGGUAGCGAUGCAAAAGCUCUUGUUUAUUAUAUUACCGAUUAUAAUGCAGGAUCGGUGAAAGAAAAUAUUAAUCAAAAAGGUCGGCCACCCAGUGAACGUUAUCUUUUUCAAAACCAGCAUCCACAGGCUACAACAUAUUUAAUGAGGAAAUACAGUCAGUCUCAUGUGCCUAUUCUUUAUGGUCCUCAAAUUCCUCGACAAGAUCGUGAGGACACUCGAGAACGAUACAAUCGAGCUCUUCUCACACUCUUCGUGCCCUGGCGUACUGUAGCUGAUCUUUGUGAUGUCAAUGAAACAUGGGAAGAUGCAUUUAAAUCUCGAAAAAAUUUUGUUUCCAUGCAUUCAUGGCAGAUUAUAGAAAAUAUUCAACUUUUGCAUGAAUGUAAAAAGGACCGCGAUGAACAUUUACUUCAAGUUAUUGCUGAAGCUCAAGUCGACACUGACUCAAUCGAUCCCGUACUUUUGCCAGCAAAUCAGGAUAUUCAUGGCGAAUACGAUAUGGACGACAGCGAUGACUUGCUUGAACUACUAGGCAAUUUAGAUGAUUUAACAGCUGUUGCUGCAAACGCCACCAAAAGAUCAACGGAGAAUAAAUAUAUUGAAGAAGCUAUUGAAGCUGUUGAGAACGUCGGACGAUUUACCCAUGUAAAUACACAUGGUCAACGCAUUUCUAGUGAAUCCACGGAUCAGAUCGGUCAACAACUUUUACCAUUCGUUUCUGCAACACCAAACUUUGUUCGACUUAAUUUAAAGUAUCAAGAACAGCUGAAAACUGAAAAGGAACGGAUUAGACGAAGUUUGAUUACGGGCAACUAUGACAAAACAGAUGAUACGUUGGAUUAUGAUGAUGCACAAGAUGCUAUUGUAACUCUGAUCGAUCCAAACAAUUAUAAUAAGAAUAAUAUUGAAAACUGCGGCUCGAUUCAUCCAGUAAUCUCAUUUUCAACUAGCUUCCCUACUCAGAAAAGCAUCGCUCACGAAUUUACAUUAAACAGAGAGCAACGAGCUGCAUUUAUGAUAAUAACAAGUCAUCUUGAUGGUGACAGCGGGCGUCGAACAGAUAAUAAUAAUGGUCAACUCAUAAUGUGCAUACCUGGAUGUGGUGGCACGGGCAAAUCGCAACUGAUUCGUGCUGUCACCAAAUAUUUUCUUGUUACAAAAAGGAUGCAAAUUCUGAGAAAACUCGCACCUACUGGAAUUGCUGCUGCUGAAAUAGGUGGCAUGACGAUCCAUUCAUUUUUAGGGGAACAGCGUAAUUCACGAAAGCCACGAACUAUCAAACCAGGUGAUUUAAAACUUGAGAAAGAAUGGAAACUUAUUAAAUAUCUCUUAAUUGAUGAGAUGAGUAUGGUUGGUUUAACUCUACUAGCAAAACUGAAUCGAAUCAUUUGUGUUGCAAAAUGUCUGGAUCCUCAAGUUCCAUUCGGUGGUGUGAACGUGAUCUUCUUUGGCGAUUACCUACAAUACCGACCUGUAUAUGAUGUACCAUUACACACCGAUUUCUCAUUGCCAUCCAAAAAGAAAUCGGGCAAAUUGCCAAACGAAAACGAAAUUCAACAACGUGUCGCACGCUCUCUAAUUCUUCAAAUUAACUGUGUGGUAAAACUUACUCAACAGAUGCGAACAGAAGAUUUACGAUAUCUUCAGCUACUCGAACGACUUCGUCAUGGACAAUGUAAUCACGACGAUUAUGAAUUAUUGCUGGCACGAGUGGUUGGACAACCAUCAACACCUUCUCUACAUGAUUCACCGUGGAAUAAAGCGCCCAUUCUCGUGUUCCGAAAUGAAGUACGAACCCAAUUAAACCACAAGGCAGCAAUUCACAAUGCAGCUCAAUUGGGUUCCACGCCAAUGGUAUGUGUCGCUCAAGAUACUUGCAAAGGCAAAACUAUUGAAGAUCCUACACUCAUUAAAAAAUUGUUAAAACUAUCCGAUAGCAAGACAGAACAUUUACCUGGUUUGUUACCUUUUGUUCCUGGAAUGCCUGUUAUUUUAACACAAAACAUUGCUACUGAGCUUGGUCUUAUCAAUGGCAUUAAUGGGAUCUUUCGGCAAUUAGUUUACCAAGCAGAUUCUGUAUCAACAGAUGUUUUAUCGGACUCAUUUCCGAAAAACACGCAGUACGUUCGCCAACCAUUGUAUGCAUUGAUAGAAAUUGCCAAAUCGAAGAUUGAAUGUAAUCUUGAAGAACUUCAACCAACACUUGUUCCAAUACCGUUAAUGGAGCAAACAUUUCGCGCCGACAUUGCUGACAUUCUUCCAAAAGAUAAAAAGUCAAAAUCAAAUCAAAAAGCAAUUUUAUCAAUUAAACGACGUGCACUACCACUUGUGCCUGCUUAUUGUAUCACGACACAUAAGAGUCAAGGUCAAACUUUGAAUAAGGUUGUAGUUGAUUUGAAGCUGCCAAAUGAAAGUGAUGACAUUGCCGCAGUUUAUGUACCAUUGUCACGUGUAAAACGUUUAACUGAUCUAAUUGUUUUACGGCAUUUCGAUUACAAGGUUCUACUCAUCAAACCUAGUAAAUCUCAACUCGCUGAAAUGCAAAGACUCGAUAAGCUGUAUAUUGGCACGCAAACCCGUUUUUCCGAGUGGUUUCAAUGA